AAUGUGUUUGUUGCAGACAUGUCCCGAAGCUGCAUUGUGGUGGUGGCGGCGUGCGCGCUGGCUGCGCUUUGUAGGUUGCCCGGCUCCACCGCACAGGCACUCGCUCCUCAGUAUGACUCAUCAGCAGCAGCAGAAAGUGCAAGCGGCUGGGAAGCACUAGGUGGCCUGUACGCACUGCUUGCACAACACGACGCGCUGGGCGGGCACGCGCUCGCGCGCAAGUCCGUGCGCUCGCCCUCACGCCGUCUGCGUUUCGGCCGGCGCUCGGACCCCGACAUGCCGCCUCAAGCACCACUGGACGAGAUGGAGGAGCUGCUGUCCCUGCGCGAGAUCCGCACGCCGGUGCGCCUGCGCUUCGGCCGGCGCUCCGAGGAGCACGCCGUGCCACAUAUCUUCCCACAAGAGGAGCAGGACCGCUCGGCGCGCGCCCCCUCCAUGCGCCUACGAUUUGGCCGUCGAUCUGAUAACAACAUGUUCUUACUGCCCUUCGAAUCAACUCUGCCCAAGGAAGUGAAGGCCAACGCGGAGGAGGACAACAGGCAACAAGAUUAAGCGACAUAUCCGCUCUAGCUAUAGACUUCCCCUCCACACACCCCUACUACUAUCGAUAAGGGAAUAUUUACCUACGACAAACAUUCUACGUGUCAAAUAUUCAAUAUCAAUUUUUAAAUGUUAUUCAAAUACUUCGUAAGUUUAUGUACAUAAUAAUCAGGUAAUUAAAUGUAUAUGUUGUUAGUUAUGGAGCAGAAUUCUGUGUCCUAAUUCCACUGCUUUAGUUA